AUGUGGCUCGCCUUACUUCUUCUCGUGGCGCUUCUCUUCUUUCUUCCCCCGCCCCGCCCCAUUGUCGGUGCCUUCUAUGUUCCAGGCUAUCCUCUUGUAGGCAACGCAUGCCAGGUUUUGCACAAUCCCAGCAGGGUCUUUUUGCUGUGGGCCCAAACCUGUGGCCACGCCUUAUUUGUGAUCCACUUGGGCCGCACGCCGGUGCUUGUGGUCAAUUCCCAUGCCGACGUCCACGACUUGUGGCUUCUCCAUUCGCUGGCACUUGGAUCUCGUCCCACUUUGCACACGUUCCACAAUGUCGUGUCGGCCGUCCACGGGCUCACAGUAGGAAGCACGCCUGCCGGAGCGUCUUACAGGCGGAAAAAGAAAACAUUGUCGCUGGAACUUUCGGCGCUGAGGGUGCAAUCGAAGGUUCUUUCUGGAAAUGCGCAGAGGGCAUUGUUAUCGCCCAAUCUUUCUUCUGUCCCGAAACUGCUGUCCAUAGACAGUGGCCAUGAAAGCGGUUUUCCUCCGAUCCUAUCCCACAUCGACGUGUGCUCUAGCGAGUGCAUCGCCCAACUUUUGUCCCACCCCGCCGAAACGUCGCUUUUGCUUGAAACUCAAUACUUUGUCUUGUCUGCAGCGAUCCGUCUCACGUAUGGAAUCGUCUUAGACUGCCAUGGCCGCGACGCUUCCCUUGCCAACACCAUCAUCGCCACAGAAAACAAAAUCAUCCGCAUGCGCUCGCUUGUGGCCAACUACCAGGACUAUAUUCCGGGCCUCCAGUCUUUUCCACUUCGGUGCAUGUUCGACGCCAGAGCAGCAAAAUGGCGCCAGCAAAGAGACUCGUAUAUGCACAGCCUAUACCAGAGUUUCCUUGUCCAGUUGCACGGCGGGCUGUUUCUUGCCAAUCACAGCAUGCUUGCACACAUCCUCCGAGCCAAGGCUUCUCCCAUGACGCUUUCGGAAAGCGAGCUCCAGAGCAUUUGCCUAACCAUGGUCAGUGCCGGUCUAGACAAUUCGGCGUUGACUUUUGACCAUCUCAUGGGCCACUUUUCUCACGACUAUGGCCAGGACAUGCAAGAGCGACUAUGGAAAGAAUUAAUGCUUCAGAGCAACGGCAGCCUUGCAACAGCGUGGGACGCUGCUACUUAUGGCACAUGCAGUUAUGCAAUGGCCCUUCUCCAUGAGGCGUUGCGCUUUUUCUCUGUUUUGCCUUUGGGUCUUCCAAGACAAACAACAAAACCUGUCCGUUUUCGUGGCUUAUACAUUCCAGCCAACACCAUCGUUGUCAUGAACAACUAUGCGGCGAACCAUGAUCCGGCAGCCUUUGAGAGCCCAUUCGAGUUCUCUCCAGACCGUUGGCUUGAUCCAAAUGGAAACUUAAUCACGCCCAACCAUUUUUCCUUCGGAGCAGGCUCUCGAAAGUGCGCCGGAAGUCAUUUGGCUUUGAAAGAAUUGCACACUUUAUUGUGUCGCAUGGUUCUCUUGUUCCGCAUCAAGCCGCCUCAAGACGCCCGCUUCAAAAUGUGCUUGGAUCCGUUCGAGGGGAACCUGUGUCCAACAGGCACAUCUUUCGAGCCGAAGGAGUUUCGGGUCAGACUCGAGCCGCGAGAGGGAAAAGAAUGUGACGAGCUCAGAGAUCGCCUCCGUGAUUAUAGAAUACCACAAGAAAGGGCAAAGUAA